CAUAUUUCUUCGAAAAUCGAUUAAAAAUGGACCCGAUCAACAAGUAAUCGGAACUAAAUAAUGCCGUACAGAUGACUCCAAACCUACCGAAGGAGGUCAUGUGUAACAUGGACAACGCCAUGAUACCACGACCACCGGCACUUCCACCUGGGCCUUUGGUACCGACUUUUGGACUCCAUCCUCCACCACCAAAGGUUCCGCCGAAGAAUAAAAGCGAGACCGUAGGAAACGGACAUGGCAGCAUCCACAGUAAAACUAGUCAGGCGUCAGAAGGUUUCCGUUUGGUGGACGCCAACGGCCAAAACAACGACGAAACCGGAAGCGUCUAUUCAAUCUACAAACAGAAAAUCGACUCCAUGUUCGAAUCCGACUCGAGUAGCACCAAGAAUAGCGUUCAAGCCAAAAUAGAGAAAAUGUUUCACGACGUGGCGAAGGACAAUGGCAUUCAAAUUGACGACAUCGGUGUUCAUACCUUCUCAGUGGACUACUUGGGAUCAGUUCCAUUGAACGAGAAGGUAACGAGCUUAACGGGAUUGCAAACCCCAUUGAGGAAUUUGUAUUUCACGUACAAGAAGGUUAUGAAGUCGAAGAAGACUUUGACGGGGAGGUUGGAGAUUUCGAGUAAUGGGUUAAAGGUUCAAUAUCAAGGAGACAAAGGUGACCUAGAACAACACAACUCAUUUCCGACGAUAGCCGUUUGGAGUGCCGUGAAAUUCGUCAUACACGAUGACCGACCCCAUCCGACGUACGCCUUUCUGCCCCUCAUCACCGACCCUGAUAAUAUGGACAAAAGGUCACUGUUUCGGGCACUCGACGAAAGUGAAAAGAAGUUCAUCACGACCGAGGCGCAUUCACCAUUAUUUGCAGUGGUCAUGAGGAAGAUCGGAGUGCAAAAGCAGUUGGAAUGUCACGGGUUUGUCUGUCAAACUUCAGAAGAUGCCAUAGUGAUAGCAGCCACACUGUACAAAUCUCUGGUGGCGCAUAUGAAAGCGAAAGAAAGAAAACCUAGAAACAGAAACGGCGUAACAACUUGCAUGUCAAUAGCAUCCAGCUUGAACAAAGAUAAAUCGGGGAACUCGUUGCCAGUCAGACCACCAAGGAAGAAGAGAAGUACAACGUCAUCAGUGGCUAGUGAAAACGAUUUAAUUAGUAUACCAGAUACACGACCCUUACUCUCAAACUCUCAAAGACAACCAAAGAAGAGUACAAAAUCAAAACGAGCACCCAAAGCACCCGAAUUCAAACCCAAAGCAGAAGACUUAGAUGCCAUAGUUCCUUACGAAGAGCCAGUAAGACUCAAAAGUAGUGAAAAGAGUAACGAUUUUAUGAGUAGUAAUAGUGUUAGUCCUACAAAAAAUUCUAGUGAAUCAGGACAAGAAGAAAUUAAAGAAAUUAAACCAAAAUCUUUUACAGAUAAAAUCAGUACAUACAUGAGCAAUGAACAGAAACAGCUACACGCAGAAAUGAAGCAAGUCAUGAACGACGGAGGGACGAAGUGUUUAAAGAAGGUCGUGCGAAAAAGUGAAGAGGCGAUACGAAAAGCUGAAAACUCUGGUGACAUUCUUACUAAAGUGACCAUUCCAAGAUCAGGAAGUUUUCUAAAUGCCGGAGGUUUGACUAAGUACAAAAAUAAAGGUUCCAGAAAACACAAUGACCAAGGAAGCGGAGGAUCCCCACUUGGCUUCAAAGAAAUAUUUAACGAGCUAUCACUGCAAGAAGGCCUCCAUUCCUUAGACGACAUCCUGAGCGUCAUCAUUGACCCCGAAGGCAUGUCGUUCAAUGAUCUCAAACCCAUUUAUAAAGAAUUUCUUCUCAAAUUAUCAGUAACGCUCACGAAAGAUGAAUUAUAUCAACGGUCUAAGUCAAUUAUGAGAAGGCAGAAGAAAAAGUUGCUGAGGAGAGCACCGCAGCAGAAGCACAGGAUAAGCAUUGGAGGAAAAUUUCGGAGACUGAAACAUAUUUUUCAAAAAAAUUUGAAGAUAACUAUUAAGAAGAACAAAGAAUCCGCAGAUGUUCCACCACAAAUAGAUUCAAAGCUUCCAGAGAGUUCAAUUUCUACCUCUUCCUACGACACGAGACAGUUUCGUCCAAAAGAAGAACUAAACCCGAACAAGAAACAAGGCUACAGGAAAAAAUCUAGAAGAGACAGAGCCAGUACUAGCGAAGAGAGUGAAUUUUUCUCCUUAAAGAAGAGCCGAGCAAGGUCCCAGGGGUUUACUCUGCUUCAAAAUCAAAAUAGAAAUUCUUCUUCUGGAUACGUAUCAUGCUCGGAAUGUUCGUAUGACUCUGACACUUGUACUUGUGUAUCAGCUGAUAAAUGUUACUGUAGUUUGGGUCAGAAGAAUACAUCAAGAAAAUUAAAGUAAACGUGCAAAUGUAACAUAGAUUCCUCGAUAGUGUUCUGCGAAUGUGACACUGACUCCUGCGCAGAAAGCAACAAAUGCUACUGUCCCAACGUAGGAAGUACUCCUUCAAUAAUGGACACGCUACACCAACGAGGAUUUACAUUUACGCAGGAAUCAGACCAUCACAGACAUAAGAAGUUAUGCAAGAAAAGCUCCAACACGAAGAGUACCAAAAGUUUGGAAUAUAUACUUAAUCCCCCAGAAAAGUAUUACGAGAAAUUAAAAGUGAAAAAUAAGUUUGGUACGCAGAAUUCGGUACCGAUAUUAGGGAGGGGUCUGGAGGGGAAGGAUUAUGACCAGUUUGCGUUGUUAAAUGGUGGUCUGAACAAUUUACAUGGAAGGGUUUUGUAUGGUAAUGGGAUUGGACCGUGUAGACCAGUGACUGUCAAAAGCUAUGGAUCUACUAAAAGCCAAAGAUCAGUUGGAAGAACAGUUCAAUCGACAGCCAUAUCAUCUGGAGGAUGCACGGAAGCCCUAUCCGUGAAAAAAUCCGCAGAAAUUGCAGCUCUGUUUUCCGACAUCAAACUCAGCCAAACCACCGACAUAGCCCACCUUAAUCCGAAGAACUUCGACACAGCAUCAAUCGUCUCCUCAAAAAACUCCUACAAUAAAAUGUACUCCCACUCAAAACACUCCAAAUCGUCAAAAUCUUCCCAAAAUGGAAGCACUAAAUCCUAUACUCACUACUCCCAUCUACAGAAGAAUCAAAGUGCCUUGUAUUCGCUCAAGGGUACUACAAAUUCUUCUAGAGUUGUCAACUCGGUCAGAAAUGGUUCAGCCAAAAACAAUAAGGCAAGUAUGUACAGUGCGAAAAACGGUUUGUAUACUAUUCAAAGUCAGUCUGAUGAGUCCAGGAGAUCGAGCUCCUGUGAAGGUAGGAAAUUAGAAAAUAGAGAUUACUUUAAUCUUAAGCAGGAAAUGGAGAGGAAUAUGAGAAAUGUCAGCAGCAACAUUGAAAACUCUUUAGGAUAUUUACCAUAAUCAAUAUUGUUGUCGAAAUGCUAAUCUGUUUAUUUUUCUGAAACAUACUAAAACGCAGGAACUAAUUAAAAAUAGAAUUGAUUGUUGUUAUUGUGAAAAGAAAAGUUGUAUAUUUGUAUAUCUUUACGUUCAGCAAGACAUUUCUAUAGC